AUUCCCCGAAUGCGCUCCAAUCAUUCGCGGACGUAUGUCAGUGGACGUGUCAAAAAAUGUGGUGAUUGUGCCGGUGAAACUUGAAAAAAACAUUAAACUGAUACAGGAUUUCUUGCAAAAUGACCGCAAAACUGUUGCUGGUUUUCUUAUUGGCGACAAUAACUCUUCAGUUCUCCCAAGGUAGCAUAGAAGGAUUUAUUCCCCCACGUUACACUAAGCUUUUGGACGUUGCUCAUGAAGCCUGUGCCUCAACAGGGAACAUUCCCAACAUCUAUUAUGCUGCAAAUAUUUAUAAACAGAUGAAUUAUCCAGUUCCCGAGAACUGCAAGAAACCUGCUUGCGAACAGCUACUAAAAGCUCUAUCGGCUCCCGGAUUGGAAAUCGAUGUUUUGUUUCUGGGUUUAGGAGCGCAGAAGAUAUUGAACUGCGAAGGAAAUAUACCCAAAGAUAGACUGAUAAAGGAAGCACAGGCUGUUCUUCAGAGUGAAAAAUCAACAGUUCCCAAUCUUCAUUACGCUGCUACAGUUUUAGUAUCAGUAGGACAGCAAGUACCGAAUGGUGCUAAAAUUGCGCAGCUCGCUCAGGCCCAACUUAAGACGGAUGAUAGUGUGGUCGCUCUCGGACAUGCCUUACAUCUAGCUGCUUUAUUAGGGGACUCUGGAAAGUUUAUCAUUGAGCGCAUUGAAGAUAUAGUGGUGCAGGCAGAUGAGAUUGAUGGCAAAUUACUGCAGUGGGAAGGCGGAUUGAGCACUACGUCUUUAGUACUAACAGGACUUCUUAAAUUUCCCACUGUGAAAUCGUUGAAUCAAGUUCAAGCAGAUAAGAUAGCCAACUACCUUUUGUCCAGAGUCACAGUGCAAACACCUAGAGGCGUUUCUUCACUUCUCGACGCCGGGGCUGCUCUUUCCAGCAGCAAAUUAUCUCCUGUGUCGAUUUCCAUUGUUCCACCGCCCAUUGUAUCCGAGAUCGAGCCUAAUCUGCGCAUUCAUGUUUCCGAUAUGUUAGGACGUGCUGUACAACCAGCGCUAAGUCCAGUUGUAGCUCAAUCUGCAACUCGAAUUGCCGAUGAUGUUGUGGUAUUAGCUAAACAGCCCUUAAGUGUUGGUACCGAGAAAACGGAAUACAUCUUACCUUUAAAGCUCGAACCUGGUUUCUAUAAAAUAUUGUUAAACGUGGGUUCCCAUUCAGUCACUUUUAAAACGAAAGUCGUGGGACGAGUGCAGAUUGAAAGCUGCGAAGUUGGUCUGUCUGAUGCCGAUGGAAGUUCGGCGCCACGGCUGGAAAAAAUUAAUUAUGGACGUACACUGUCUAACAGAUUAAACGGAGAUUCUGGACAGAAGCUGAUAAUCAAGUUUACUUUAACAAGACAGGUUCAUCAAGCAUUCGUACGCCUCUCAACCGCCAGUAAGGAGAUAUUCUUUGUGGCCGGUCAGGAAUCCAACAAUCAAUACAAAGUUGAAGCAGAUCUGGGAGAAGAGCUUCCUGUUUCCGAUAUUUUCAAAGUAGAAAUUAUCGUAGGUGAUUAUCUCGUCAUCGAACCCGUGAAAUGGCUGAUUGGUGAAAUUGAAUUGAAAGCUUCCAAUGCUGCUGUUAGUGCUAGCUCUAAGCCUAUCCGGGGACCUAAACCGGAAAUUCGGCACAUGUUCAGACAACCAGACAAGCGACCUGCCCAAGCUGUGUCUUUACUGUUCACUGCUCUGACUGCUGCUCCAUUUUUAGUAUUACUCAUUCUAUGGAACAUCAUUGGAGUCAAUCUUAGCAAUUUUAGUGUGCGCGCGGUUCCGUUCCAUCUCGGUUUCGGUGCAAUUCUGGGGCUCUUUACUUUGUUCUGGUUGAAACUGAACAUGUUUACAACUUGCGCCUGGCUCGUUCCCAUUGGCGGCUUCACAUUCGUUGCAGGGCAAAGAUUGUUAAGUUCCAUAUCCAGAAGCAAAAAGGCUGAGAAAUAAAGUAGGUAAAUUGAUUGAAAUUGCUUUGAAUGAGUGUUUGAAUGGAGUAUUCUGUUUCUAUUCCAAAAGUGUUCUCCAGAAGCAAUUUUUCAGUUAUUGUCGUUUAGUGUCAACGAAAUAUGAAUGCACCACUAUGAUACCAUAAAGUAUCUUAUACAAUGUAACUUUUGUAAUUUUGUUGUGAAAUAAACAUUUCUUUAAACUAUUA